UCCUUUGUUUACACAUAUCUUAAAAGGUACAUAACUGAUAAUAAAUGGUCCUUUUGUUUAGUAAAUUUCCAUUUUUUGAAUCGUCAAGCAAUCAAUUGAAUUCGAAAACAAUAGAACGUAUUUAAAUUGUUUCUAUAUUUAUCUAACACCAUCCGAUCAUUUAUUACUCGAAUUGCAGCGAGUUUCGUGAUUAAGUUAAUAUAUUUUUUUUAUUCAUUAUUAAUGCAAUAGUCAAUACAAUUUUGUACUGGAGAAGUAGUAAUAAACAACGCAUGCAUGAUAAAAAUAUGUGCAUAAUUCAUAUAAAAGAAACAACAGAACUUACGUGAGAAUUUAUUCCCAUCGUAAUAAAAAAAAUUAGCAUCACGAAUAGAGUAAUAUUUCGUGGUUUGAGUAUUUUAUGGAAAUUAGCAGGUGCCGUGUCAAGAUUUGUAUUUGUCUAACGUGUGAAUCGAUUUUUUUUUCUACUUAGUCAUGAAAGCCAGAGUGAAGAGGCAGUGUUCAAACAUUUUUUGUAUUAUAUUUAUAAUUAAUAUUUUUGAUUGGAAAAGUGGUAAUUAUUGUAAAAGUGGAUCUACUUCCUCAUGAAAACUAGAUUAUAUAUGUUAAUUCAGUAAUUAUCACUAAAAUGAAAACAUUUGGAUAUAAUAGUUUAACCAGUUGGUUAGUAUUGGUAGCUUGUUUUAUGGUAGGCUUUUUCGUUGCAUUGCCCAUGCGUUUAGCUGGAAUAUUCUAUGUGAUUCUUACAAAUGGAUUUCAAACAGAAAGAUCAAAGGCAUCUGUGCCUGUAGUCAUAUUUGGUAUCUUGCGAACAUUAACAGGUCCCUUUACUGCAUUUCUGGGAGAAACAUUUGGAUUUCGAGCUGUUACUUUGACUGGAUGUAUUCUUGGUGCUGUUGGGGUAGGUAGUUGCUAUUUUGCCGAGGACAUUUUAACAGCAACACUUUGCCUUGGUCUCAUUUACGGCUGCGGACUAGCUUUCGGUAAUACCCUGAUACCAACCAUUUUAAAGCUUCAUUUCACCGAGCAUAUCAAUCUCGUAAACGGCAUUGUUCUAACGGGAUCAUGUGUAGGAGCUAUAAUCAUGUCACCGGUGAUUACUUACUUAGACAGUGCAUAUGGUACGAAAGGAAUGUUUUUGAUUUUGGGUGGAAUUUUUUUAAAUACCAUUCCCGCUGCAAUCCUCUUAAAGCAUCCACAUAAUGAACGCAGAAUUGUGAAAGAGGUAAAGGAUUCACCUAAUCAAAAAAACACGUGUCAUCAAAAUCCGGCAUUUGUAUUGGAUGAAGAAGACCAACACAAAAUUGAUAGCACUCAACAAAAACAUGAUGCUUCAAAUAAAGUUUAUGUAAUAUGUGUAAAUGGAGAGGCAGAUAAUAAAAACGAGAAAAAUUCCGAUCAUGUAACAAUGAAAUCCUUAGAAACAGAUGACACUCAGCAGUAUUUUCAACAAAAGACGAAAUCUAAGCCUGAUUCUGAUGUUCAACUCGUGCGAUAUACUGAAAGAAAACCUUCCGUUAAAAACACUGAGUAUGAAAAUGGAUUUAUGCAUGAAAAAGAUAUGACAAACAAUAUUAGUCAACAGAAGGAGAGCACAAAAAGCAAAAACAAACUAUCCUGGAAAUCUUUCCGACUGUUCUUAGAUCCUACAUUCCAUUCCAUAAUGUUUGUGCAAAGUAUUUACGCAUUCCUUACAACCCUAAACUGGACCAUUAUAGUUGAUUAUGCUCGAGAUAAGGGAAUAUCCAACGAUCUGUCUGUUUACUUCGCCAUGUUUAUCCCGCUUGCUGAAAUAUUGGGUAAUUUGACUCUGAACUGGAUUACUGAUGGUCAUUUCAUGACAAGAACGAAUUUUAGUUUAACUUGUUUUCUAAUAUUACUGUUAGAUGCUGGCUAUAUAAUCUGGUCUUAUAACUUUGCAUUGAUGAUGGUUGGAGUUAUGAUCUUUGGUUACAUAUCUGGAGCAGUUGGCACAACAUUUCCAGGACUAGUUUUUGAAUACAUUGAAGAAGAGAAACAAAAUAUGGCUCUAGCCUCUCGAUUCUUUCUUUAUGCGUUUCUCUGUAUAUUGAAAACUCCCAUAAUAGGAUACUUUCGUGAAACUUUGGGAUCCUAUAACUGGGUGUAUGUCAUAAUCAUCUCUUGCUGUUUUAUAUGCUGUGUACUUGUAAAGCUCACGCCAGUUCUAGCAUCAUGUAGAAACAGGAAGAAACAAUCGAAGGAGUGCACGUGACCUAUCGAUGCUGAGAUGAUCUCAGUCAUAGAUAAUUAGGCAUAAGAUUCAACUUAUCUUAUGCUGCGAAAGUGACAAAUAUUUUUUCGUAGGUUACAGGUAUACAAAGCCGCACUGUGAUAAAGCCAUCGGAAUGCCAUGGAUUCAAGGAAUACCAUCAACAAAAAGUUCCGAAAAACACCGAAAAAAAUUCCAAUAAAUAACAUUUGAAUGAAAUUAACUCAACAACAUAAUCCCAUGGUUUUAAGAAAUUGAGUAAAUCGAUUUGUGAUAAAAAUUAUAAACCAUCUGUAUAUGUUAUUCGAUUUUAAGCUUCAUUCGUUUCAAAAAUACAUAAGAAGUAAAUAACAGUCGACAUGUUUCAAGCUCUUCAAAAAUAGGGGCCCAUUUUCAAGACUUGCCACACGUGAAUAAAAAGAAACAAAAGUGAUUUGAAAUAGAAAACGUUAAGUUGCUAACAGAAAAUAGAAAAAUAAAGAUGAGAAACAAAACUAGAAAGUAUAAGAACCAAAGUAAAAGGAAUAAUGCUAUGGCAAGAAGAUAUCCCAUCUCCCGGGAUAGUUCCGUGUUAAAAUGUAAUAAUUUUAUUCCAUAUUUAUAAAAUGAAACAAUUAUUUAAUUGAACUUCUAGAAUGCUCAUUUCAAUAUAUUUAUUUUAUUUUUAUUGUUUCCUUAUAACAUCACAUAAAUUUUUACAGUUUUUCUAUACAAAACAUUCCAAAUUUAUUGUACUCUAUUUACAACUAUUGAACUCCAAAAUUGUUUUCUUAUAAAUUAAAAAAAAACAUAAUUUAUUAGCCUGAAAUAGGGUGUCUAAACUACUUAUAUUGUGUAGAUUAUGCUAUUAUAAAACACAUUGAUUGUAUUAAUUACACGUUAUUGAUUGUUAUCAUUAUUUUAUGUCAUGAUUCAAAGAAAUAAAAAAAAAAUCCUAAAAAUUUUAUGGAGA